CGGUGCUGCGAGCUCGACGGUUUGCAAUGUCGUUCUGGAAGGGCUUUUCAUUCAUGUCGAGAUGUAUUGCUCAAGACGCUCAGAAAGAAUGGUGUGGUCGGUCGUUCCAUUCCGACGUGGUCCUGGAGCAUGACCAGUUCCAGCAAAGUCUUGAUUACGGGUGGAGUUUCGAUGAGCAUGGGGAGACGACAUUCUUUGGUCGUCUAGAGCGUGGAACCGAUAUUUGUAGCCAGUCAGACGAUACUGGUCGGCAUCUGUCACUGACUACUGUCUCUCUCAUGCGUUUGGUCAAGCAGGAGGCUGCCAUGGAUGGUAAUAUCACAUGCCCAAAGAUACAACGCACAGACCUCUACAUCUCGAGUACUCGGUUUGAACAAGCACGCAUCUUCUUCCUCUUUGACAGCAACGACAAAGCAUUCCACAUUCCUGCACACCUCACCAGCUGGGAGCAGAGUCUCCUCGAGGCUUUCCAAUCAGCCCACAACCACCGAAAUCCAGGCUCAACUGACAUUGUGUUAGCNNUUCAACCUCUCUCCUCGACCUCUACCUCCUCCAAAGCUCUUCCUGCAUCUACGCAGGCAACAACACCG